GUGCAGUUCAAGACUUCGUAAUCAAAUCGCCGUGAACAAACUUCCCAUCUUGACUUCAUCAUGUUACCAAGCCCGCCAGAAAGCCACAACGACCCCGUUCAACACAAUGCGACGACGACCAAGAGAAAGCCGAUUCGUCGGGAUGCCGAGAAGCGGCGACAACAAAACAUUAUCGCUCAGAAGAGAUAUCGAGAGAAAUUAAAGAGACGCCUUGGCCAACUCGAGAGGCUUGAGGCGGAAAAUGAGCAACCUGACGAAUCUGUCUCGGAGGUUCCGCCGAGUGCCAUAGUAUCGCCUCCGAUAGACAUAAUCAGUACGGAUUCGUCUAAAAAUAAGUCGACGUCGUGCGAAGACACUCUUAUCGAUUCGCACACCCAUGCCGAAGAAUCUCAUGAGUCGAAUCAUAUGACGGAUUUGUCUACGGACACGACAUUAUGGGACGCGAAUCUUAUUGACGAUUCCCUACUUCUCCUCGGAUAUCCUGUAACUUCCGUUUCGAUCAAGCAUUUCGAUUGUGGCUGCAAAGGCCCCCAUCUCGAGCUCAUCUCCUCAAACGGCGCGAAAGAAUAUCGCUACAGCCCACAAUACCGCGGAGACCACUCCCAGCCACCGUUAAACCUCCCCGCCAAAUCACUAUGUAUCGAACGACUCUGCAUUAUCCAAGCCAUGUUCUCGAAUUGCCAGCACAUAGGCAUCUCCGAAGGAAUGAUCUGCUCGGACGAGGCCUUCUCGCCCUUCUUUCGACCCAUGCCUAACAAAUCCGACUGCGACACAACAAUAUUGCCAUCCGGCAUCGUCUCACGAGUUCAAAAUAUCUUUCACACUCUCAAGCCAGACCUCCGUCCCCUCCAAGAACAAAUCACCAUCCGCCACCACCCCGUCAUCGACGUCCUUCCCUUUCCGACUUUCCGCCGAAAUUUGAUCAUAACUUAUCCACCCAUCCCCGAAGAUGAGCUAUUCGCCGAUCUUUUAGAUGGAUUAAUCUGCUGGAGUGGCGUCGGAGGAAGUAGAAAGGAACGGAGUAUGCUCGAGGGAGAGAACUCAUCGGGAACCCCGUGGGAUUGCAGAUCUUGGGAGGCGAGGGUUUGGUUUUUGCAGAAGUAUUGGACGUUGCUGGGUGGGGAGGAGGGUGAGCUUGUAAGGCAAAGUGAGUGGUGGAGGACGUUGAGGGGAGAGGAAGAAGAGGUUUGGCCUCUUGGUGGACUUGUGACGGUAUGAAACGAUGCAAUACUCUAUGAGGAGGCUUUUCGGGGAAUUGUCUUGAAUGGAGUACUUGGGCUGCUGAAAUAGGAUGUCUGAAUGAAGGUCAAGAAUAUGUAGAAUGACUGCAUUAUUGUUAGAGAUUUAGAUGCCUUGAAACUGGAUCUUUGAGGCCAGGGGAGUAUUGUCAGCCACCUGGGAGAGCUUAAACGUUCAUGGAGCAAAGAUCUUCGGCUGACGACGGCAUUUUAUAUUGCCGUGGUCCCCUGUUAUAUCGAGAUUCCUACUCGCUGCUGCACCUCAAGGCGGCCAAGAUGCGAGAUGCGUAUCAUACAGUACUACGAUUAGUGCCAUUCAGAUGUUCAAUACAUAAGAGGC